UAUUAUCGUGCCCCCGAACUCUUGUUCGGUGCACAGCUAUACACUUGCGCCAUCGACACGUGGAGUGCCGGCUGUGUGCUGGCUGAGAUGCUACGUCAGCAGUCGUUAUUCAUGGGCAGCGACUCUGUCGAUCAGUUAGUCAAGGUAAUCCGAGUGCUAGGCACUCCGAGUGCCGAGGAUAUCGCAAGCAUGAAUCCUAUGUAUGAGUCCUACAACUUCCCUGACGUGCAGGCCUGCCCCGUUAAACUGUUCUUCCCUCGCCACACACCCGCCGAUUUGCUCAAUCUUAUGUGCCAGAUGCUUGUUUACAAUCCUACGCUCCGAAUGUCCCCCAGGGCUGGCCUGGCUCAUGCUUGCUUCGAUGAGCUCCGUCAACUCGGGCCACAGGUAUGUAGAAUGAGCCUUUCCGGCUGUGGGAUGAUAUGGACGUAG